AUUUUUCACACUCGGCCUUGUAUCCGGCCUCUGAUUGAUCCCAUCUUUACGAUUCGGCUCUUGACAGGAAGUAAUAAUCCCACACGCCCUUCGUUACGCCCCUCCUUUUGACUACCGAGACUGGCUGGCCAUUUUCAAUUGGCGGUACCCUCGACGCUCUUGAUGCUGGAUCCCGGCUGACGUCGAGAUAGAUAUACACUCGGGAGUUUUACACCAUUUUUGCACAGUGACAAUAAACAAUCGUCGGGUCUUCCCACAGUGGCAGACAUUGUACCAGGCAACAAGGGGAAACCUGCACAUCUUGUUGCUGACUGGAUGGGAUAUUUGCGUCGCCUUUUGAACGGACCGCUCUCCGUAGCUGCGAUACGGACUGAGGGUGGCCGACGUUAACUGGAUUGGAAUUCUGUUCACUGUCACGGUUCCGUAUGUCGGCUAAGGGCAUGCAAGUAGGAGGCAUUAGGGCGCAGAGGCAAGGCUCUACGCAGAAAGAUGGGGUUCUGCAGCGGUUACCCAACCCUCCGACAUUGAUCGAAUACAAAAACCUGCGAUUUCUUAUUUUUGAUGCUCCAUCAGAUCGUACUUUGGAUCUGUACCUGAAUGAAUUGCAAAAGCAGUCUGUUACCGAUGUGGUCCGCGUAUGUGAUCCUACUUACGACAAGAAAGUUCUACAGGAGCAUGGUAUUACUGUACAUGAUUGGCCUUUCCCGGAUGGUGACCCGCCUCCGACCAGCAUCGUGACCGAUUUUCUCAAUCUGGUAAACUCAAGAUUCGGCAACAAAGACAAGAAGGAAGGUUCUGCAGCUGAGGUGAAUCAAUCGGAGAGACCAGCAAUUGGCGUGCACUGUGUAGCAGGGCUGGGGAGGGCCCCGGUUCUAGUUACCAUGGCCCUUAUUGAGGCUGGAUUAUCACCUUUGGAUGCGGUUAUCUACGUGCGAGAGCGGCGCCGGGGUGCCAUCAACGCCCGCCAACUAAAGUUCGUUGAGAGCUACAAGCGAAGGUCAAGAGACAAAGGCUGUAUCAUUUCCUGAGAUUGGAGAUUUUGUGACUAUAGACUAGGUUGGUCCGACUGCGGAGCUGCGGAGCAUGGUUACUGAAAUGGGCUUUCGCUUCAUUAAUUGCUACUUUCAAUGUGGCAACACUCAUGGAGGGCUUUGGUGCUGUUUAUGUUUAUUUCAUAUGUAUUCCAUCGUUUAAUAUCAUAAUUUCUUGUUAUCGACUGAACA